UAUCCCUUCCUUUUACAAAACAGUUCCGCUUUAAUUUUUUACGCAUUCCUCAAAACACUUCUACCUCACUUAAAAUAUCUAAAAUACAUUUCAAUUUCGUAGUUUAUUGCGGGUAGAAGUUGUUUUGAAAAUAUUUUAGACGUUUUGGGUAGAACAGAAGUGUUUUAUAAAAUGUGCGAAAAAUUAGGACGGAACUACGGAAGUGUUUUAUGAAGCGGAGGGUGUACAAUAGCAUUAAUUAACUACUAGAUGCCAAGUUAAUUAAACUAACUCAUCAUCGAUCAAGAGAAUUAGUUCAAUUACUUGGUUAAUUUAGUUUGUUGGAGGGGGUAAAAGGGUAUGUAGAAAUUGCUGGGAUGAUGGAGGGAGUGGUGUUUGGCUGUGAAGGGAGAGAGUCCGAAGGCGGAACAAAAGGCAAAGUUGAUGAGGCGUGCGGCGGCGACGGUGACGGCAAAGCGGUCGGAAAUGCCGGAAGUUGUGGCGGUAUCAGGGACGGGAUGAUCGUUGUCGCGGGGAGAACCGCCGCCGAGAGUGUGGGGGCGCCGGGGAUUUGUAGGAGCACACGAAUAGCUCCGCUCAUUUGGAUGCCGGAAAAGGACAAUAAUGUGAGGGAUAAAAAGAUGGAAAAUAGGGGAGACUUGGGAAUAAUAGCCAUUUGGAUAUAUAGGUAAUUGUCACUUUGAUGGCCUUGGAAUAAUGAAGAGUGAAGUGUGAAGAGUGAUACUCCCUAAAGUCCUAAAAGCCUUUAUAUAUUGACAAAUUAAAGAUUGGAAUUUGCU